AUGGCAGAAUAUUUUAAAAUUCCAUUUUCUAAUCAACGAAAUUAUAUUGAAAUCAAAUUUUCACAACCGACAGGAUCGACAACAACAAGUUAUGUUGCUGGUAGUGAUACUGAGAUUAUCUGUUGUGUUGACACAAGUGGUUCGAUGGCUGGAAGUCCUGUACACAAUGUUUGUGAAGUUUUGCGUGAUAUUUAUCAACGUACACAAAAAGAUUAUCGUCUUUUUACAUACAAUACACAAACAGAUACAAAACGUACCUUAAAAACAUUAUUUGAACAAAAGAACGAUUUGAAAGCUGAGGGAGGCACCUCAUUUGCAUGCAUAUUUAAUGCAAUCAAAGAUUAUCUUCUGCAAAAUUCAUCAUCAAAGAAAGCAUCUACCUUCAUAUUUAUGACUGAUGGACAGGAUAAUGAGCCUAAUGGUCCAGCAUUGAAAAAGAGUAUUGAGAUGUUAAAAUUGGUUUUAAGUGGAAUGAAAAGUUGUCCUCCUGUUACGUUUCAUGUUAUCGGUUUUGGUGAAGUUAACGAUCAUUUUCUUAAUCAAGUACGCACAAUCGGUACACGUGAAGGUCUUUUUCGUUAUUCAACGCAAUCAAAAGAACUACAAAAUAAUUUUAAUGAUAUGUUUGAAUAUGCAUUGAAUAUACGUGAAUUUGCUAUUAAACUUUCAAAUGGCAAAACCUAUACUGUCAACAAUGUUGAUAAUGAAACGGUUGCUUUUCUAACGCAGGAUAGUGAUGAUCUCACUACGGUGACAGAGUUAACAUUAAUUGAUGAUAAAAAAGAACCAAAAAAGUUUUCUUUGACACCAAAGCAAACUGUUCGCCCUAUAGAUCUUUUACGUGCACUCAAUCUUAUUUCACCAGAUGAUGAAGAACAUGUAAAAUCAAUACAAACACAAUUGAAUACAAUUAAAAUCACAGACAGUAAAAAUUUAAUGGAACGUUUAGAAGCUGAACAAAUUUACAAGGAAAUUGAUCAACGUAUGAUGGAAUACCGUCAAUUAUUUACACAAUUAAAAAUGAAUCAAGUACCAGAACGUGUAAAACUACAAUUAAGUGCAUUAAGACAUGAUGCUAUAUUUGCUAAUACACAGCGUAAGAAAAAAUUAGAUUUAAGAAUAAACAAAAACGCUGAAUACUUCAAGAAGACAGAUAUCAGUGGUAUAUUACAAGGAUAUAAAGAUUCGAUUACAUUGGAUACAUGGCAAAAGAUUAAAGAACAAAAACAGGAUUGGGUUGAUGUCUAUUCAAAUGAUGAUAUCUAUGAAAUUAUGAGAAAAUCUCCAGAUAAUAUUUUAUGCUUAGGUAUUUACGUUCAACGAGACGAAGAAGCUAUUGAAAAUCCAACAAAAGGUUUAAAACUUUUGAGUCUUACUAAUACAAUCAUUUCUUAUGAUUCAUUUAUCAAUGCCAUGAAUGUAGCUAAAAAUGAUCGAGAGUCACAAGGACAAUUUACAGUUCUAAAUGAUCUUUAUUGUGUAGCCGGUACUCUAUCAGGUGAACGCAUUAAUGCUGUCAUACCACUAUAUAUCAAUGAUGAACAUAUGAAACGAAUACGUAUUCUUGAAGGUAUAUGGCUUGGCUAUCUCUAUACCUUAGAUAGUUAUGGAUAUGAUAAACAACAAGAAGUUGGCCUAUUAAAAUUACUCUAUCAAAUUAUUCAAAAACGUACAGAUACAAAACGACAAAAACAAAUUUUAAAUGAACUUGAAAAAGUAUGUCAAUUUAUUAUUAAUGAAUCGCAAGGUUUUAAAACAGCUGAACUCCAUGGUGAGAAGACAUAUGAAAAGCUAUUAAAUCGACAAAUCAUUGUGAGUAAUGAAGAAUAUGAUCUAUGUACACCAUUGAUGAUUGGUUAUUUAAAAAAUAAUUUAACAUCUGUUCUCUUACCAAUUUAUUAUGAAUAUCUUAGACAAGAAUAUCAAAAGAAGUAUACAAAAAAAUCAUUGCAAGUAAAACAAAUUGUUGAAAAACUUGUCUAUGGUCGUGAAGCAAAACGUUUCUCAAUGACAAUCACUACCAGUAAUCAAAAUAACAUGACAGAAAAUACAAAUGAUCCUGAUCAUAUUGAAAAAAGUUUUAUUGAUUAUUUUCAUGAUGAACUAUGCCAACCAAUUCAAUUAAUACAAGAAAAAAUUAAAAAUGAAAAUCGUAAACUUAUUAUACGUGAUGAAACUGAAAUCGAUUAUAUUAAAAGUUUUCUAUUACCAAUACCUGAUUUUAUUAAAAUUAUGUUAAAUUUAUUAUGGGAAUUAUUAAUUACUUUUUAUUAUUUAAUCUAUUCAGAUACAACUAGUACAGCAUCACAAAAUUUAUCUAGUAAAGAACGAAUUUUGUCUACGAUUGAUGACAAAUUACAAGUAAAAACUUAUAUGACAUAUAUUCCAGGUUCUAAAGACGAUGCUGUUUGUUAUGAUGAUUCAUCAGAAAGUGUACGCCUCGUCAGUUAUGUUGCUCUCAAUUGUAAGACACUUGAAGGAUUUGCUGGGUUAAUGCGUAAAUAUUGUUCACAAGGUAGUGGUCCUAUAUUUACUGAAAUCUUUAAACAACUUCUUUUAUCAUAUGAUGCCGAAAGCAAUGGUACAGACAUAGGAAUAACAAAGAAAGAUAAACUUCUUGCUUUACUUACAAAUCAAAUUUCAACAGAAACAGCGACAAAACGAAUUUAUGAAAAUAUGAAAGAGAAUCAUCGUCUCCCAUCUUUCUGCGAACGACUUAAUCAAUUACGUGAUUUUAUUCAAGACAAGAAAGUUGAUCAAAUUAGAUUUCAAAUUUUUGACAAAAUCGUCAUCUAUUGCCGUGGUACAUCAACUUUGCAAAAACGAAAAACUAACAGACGAAGAGAUCAUUGUUAUAAUUUAUGUUGA